ACCGGCCUUCACGUUGAAGAACGUCCUUGAAGAAGCAAAAAUGUCGGCAGGGUUUUUAACUGCCGAGCUUCUUUCACAUCAACAGAAGGUUUUACGGUUGUAUAAGAAGGCAUUGCGUCAGACGAUAGGACAGAAUGGCCGAAACUUACUCGACCAAAGGUACAACUGCUUACUGGUGCGACAACGAUUUGAGAAAAACAGAAAUAUGUCUCAGAUAGAAGCACAGACUGCUCUGGCUGACGGAGAAGAGGAAUGCUAUAAAUAUACAAACCCUUCUCCUUUAUGUUUUCCCAAUAGUGUUGGGGGCACGGCCUAUAUGCGUUAUCCUCCUAAACAGGAUGCCAUGAUCGAUAUGUGGCAUCCAUUCGAAAAGGCCCAGUUCCCGCACUACUUUGCAGUAAGGGAUAUUCGAAAGAGGGAACACUUAGAACGAUAUGACAAAAUGGUGGAGGAAUACAAUAAAAAACAGAAAGAAGGCGUCGAAGUUUAGAAGAUCAUUUUUCUUUGACAAAUACUAUGUAUUUAUUCUCUGAGACCUAAUGUUAUUUUAUCUUGACAUAUGCUUGCAUAUGUGUGAUAGUACAAAGCGAUAAACUUGUGAAAGAUCUUUUAGGAGUUUCAUAAAUGUUUUGGGUUCUGCUACAUUAUCUAUCUCUUAGUUCAGUUUGAUGUGUGUUUUUGGCACUGAAAAAUAAAAUGUAUUAUGGUU